GACCAGUCAACCCCUCUUUUUGUAAAAUGUGGUCUUCAUAAAGUUAUAGUAUAAUAUAUAAGUCAUACAUUUAUAGUACAAGUAUGACAUUUAUUUUGCUAUUCACUAUAACAGGGAUUGUCAGUCUCCAGAACUCCAGCUGUGGUGAAACUACGACUCCCAGCAUGCACAAAGCUGUUUUCAGAACUCUCAUAGAGGUAAGUGGAACAUGCUGGGAAUUGUAGUUUCACAACAUCUGGAGGAGGUUCCUGACCCCUGCUCUAUGGAUUGGGAAGUGCUUAUUACUGGGGCAGAACCUCUUUAAACAGAAUCUGUCACCCUGAUUCUGGACCAGUACUGCAGAUCGAGACCAUAAGAAUCCUGUCACUUUAAGCCAUGCAGUUACCUCACAGGGUUCCGUGACAUCACUGCAGCCUUAUGACACGUGCUGACAUCACAGUUAGACAGGAAUCAGUGAAGACUUUUCUCUCCGUGUGAGCGGACAGAAUUCACCUGCUCUCCUGAACGACCGUCAAAAUGAUGAAGCUCCCAGAAGUGGGAAAACAUGACGACCGUAAGGAUCUCGGUGCCUUGAUGUGGUCUCCUAAUAAAGAUAUAACAGAGGCCAAAUUGGAUGAAUACAUAACGAGUGCCAAAGCGCUUUAUGGCUAUGAUGAGGUGCAGGCGCUCGGCUGGCUCCUGGUGCACGAGCACGACAUGGAGGCAGCCCUGGCGGACAUGCCAAACUUCACUCCUUCGGCUGAAGAGUGGACAGAGGAGGACAAGUCCUUGUUUGAGAAGGCUUUUGACAUCCAUGGAAAGUCCUUCAAAGAUUUUCAGAAAAUGCUUCCUCAUAAAUCUUGCGGCAGCAUUGUCAAAUUCUACUACGACUGGAAGAAGACGUCUGGGAAGGGUCACCAUGCCCGAAAGCGUAAGCACAGUGCUGAUCAGACGGAUAACACCAAGUGUGACCCAACACCAACAGCAGGCCAUCAGCAUGCUGGGAAAAAGCGGAGGAAAUUGAAUCGUCGUUAGAAGAACCUACUUGUUCUAUGAAACAGGAAGAAAACAUACGAAUCUGAACAACGACCAACAUAGUUCCAUCAUUAGAAAUAAAAUUGUAACUCCGUG